CCAGCGCUCAGUGGCGGCAAUGUGCAGCUCACUCACAAGGAGGAAGUCUGGCUUGGACCGUUUGAAUACUUCAAAAAAGCUCCACAACGCUGCUACGUUCACGACGCGUUCAAUGCCCUGAAGAAGCGUAGGAAAGAGAAUUUCCGGGCAACUUUUUUUUUUUUUUUUUUUUUUGGACAGGCAAUGCCGGAGUUGUGAUGAACUCUCCCGGUGGGUCGAAGGCGCGUUCAAUGCUGUGAUGGACGCUCACCGGGUACCGCAAGUGACAAUCACCCCGGAUGGAGGCGGGUCCUCGCGGGAGAUGCAGCAGGAGGACUGGGGCGAGAACCCCGUGGACGGUGCCCUGCGGAGGAAGCUGUCGACUUCCUCUGUGUCCUCCACGGGGUCUUCUGCGGUGGAGUCUGAGGAUGACCUGCUCAGCGACAGCGAGAGCAAAAGUCGAGGCAUCAUCACUUUGGAACACCUGGCGGACACUGGAGAGAACAAGCCCUGGUGGAAGUUAAAGACCAUCGUCCAAUGGCUUAGCGCCACCCAGAGAAGAAAAGUGAACUGGGUGCAGCUUGCUGGUCAUAAAGGUAACUUUAAAGCGGCGGACGAGGGGACCAUUCUAAAGAAGUACUCCCAAAAUGAGAUGCUGUGUUUCGAGAGGCUGAGAGACGACGCCCUGCUCCCCUUCGUGCCUGUUUACCACGGCGUCGUGGAAAAAGACGGGGAGUCUUUUCUACACAUGGCUGACCUGCUGAUGACCUUCGACCUCCCUAAUGUCAUGGACUGCAAGAUGGGAGUGAGAACCUACUUGGAGGAAGAGCUGGUGCGAGCGCGGGAGCGGCCUAAACAGGAGGACCUGUACAACAAGAUGGUGGAGGUGGACGGCGAAGGACCCACUCCCCAGGAACAUUCCAGUGGUGUCACCAAACCUCGCUACAUGCAGUGGAGGGAGAGCCUGAGCUCCAGCAACACAAUGGGCUUCAGGAUAGAAGGCAUCAAGAAAUGUGACGGCACGUGUCGGACUGACUUCAAGAAAACCAGGUCAGAGCAGGAUGUCAUGGUGGUGUUCAAGGACUUCGUCGGAGGGAACGUCAAGAUAAUAAAGUCCUACCUGAGCAGACUGAUGGAGAUCCGACAGGCACUGACAGCAUCAGAGUUCUUUAAGCGGCAUGAGGUCAUCGGCAGCUCUCUGCUCUUCAUCCACGACCACACGGGCAACGCACAGGUGUGGAUUAUUGACUUUGGAAAGACCACGGCGCUACCCGAAGGCCACACGUUGAAACACAACGUUCCCUGGCGAGAGGGCAACCGCGAGGACGGAUACCUGUGGGGGCUGCGAAACCUCAUCCACACCCUGGAGGCUGUAAGCGGCGAAGGGAGCAGUCAGGAAUAAACCUGACUCGACUGUAAACGCGGCAGAGGAAGUGGGUGAAAGGUCACCACAGGGAGACAUUUAGUGCGGUGUGAUGUGGGAGUUUUUUUUAAUUAGGGCUGUGAAAGUGGAACUUUUUUAUGUGAUGUGAAGAAAAGCAGACGUGUGGAAGAAAGUAUUGGGACACCUACAGUAGAGGAAGUGUAGCCUACUUGCAUCAAAGUGCAGAUACAUUUUGGGCAUGUUAACCCGGUCCAGAAAACAUGUCGAGAGGUAUUUUGACGUUAUGGCCUGUACAAAGCUAUUUCUCCCCAUCGAGACCUAUCUAGUGAUACAACACAAAGUUUUGUCUUUAAAUACAUACAGGCGGUCCUCAUUUAACGUAUUUCGCCGUUAUUAAUUAUCACUACUCUGGGCCACCCCUUCCUAUACGCAGAUCACGCGCUGUGCCGGGUGUAGGGUCCCGCUAUCCGUGAGGAGCCCUGUUUUGCGUGAAGAAGCGCAUGUAAAAAGUCAGUUAAUGAAUGACCGAGUGUUUCAUUUGAAUUUUAUCGCAAAUGUAUUCCUAGUUCGUCACUUAAAAGAGUAUGGCAAAUUACACAGGAAACACUUAUUGUCUCCUGUAGCACUGUAUCGUUGGUGAAUGGCAACUAGGAUCGAAUUUCGGUUAGUAACAUCCAUGCAAAUAUAUUUAUACCGUAUUUUUCGGACUAUAAGUCGCUCCGAAGUAUAAGUCGCACCGGCCGAAAUGCAUAAUAAAGAAGGGAAAAAAACAUAUAUAAGGCGCACCGGAGUAUAAGUCGCAUUUUUUGGGGAAAUGUAUUUGAUAAAACCCAACACCAAGAAUAGACAUUUGAAAGGCAAUUUAAAAUAUAUAAAGAAUAGUGAACAACAGGCUGAAUAAGUGUACGUUAUAUGACGCAUAAAUAACCAUCUGAGAACGUGCCUGGUAUGUUAACGUAACAUAUUAUGGUAAGAGUCAUUCAAAUAACUAUAACAUAUAGAACAUGCUAUACGUUUACCAAACAAUCUGUCACUCCUAAUCGCUAAAUCCCAUGAAAUCUUAUACGUCUAGUCUCUUACGUGAAUGAGCUAAAUAAUAUUAUUUGAUAUUUUACGGUAAGUGUUAAUAAUUUCACACAUAAGUCGCUCCUGAGUAUAAGUCGCACCCCCGGCCAAACUAUGAAAAAAACUGCGACUUAUAGUCCGAAAAAUACGGUAAUUAUGUUUAAUUUAUUUUGCACUUAAAAAUAUUAAUAAACAAUAUGUCCCGUUUGAGGACAAAACAUGCAACAACUAAACCAUUGAACAGUAAAUUCAUGUUUGAUUAAAAAACAAAAAAAGUUUCACAUGAAUAAAAAAGUGUGAAGUUUUUUAAUGAGCGGGGCCUCAAAGUUAACGUUUGGCUUAGAGUCCUAAUUUAGCCAGAGGUGGCCAUAUUAGUACUGUUCAAAUAGAAAAAGAGAACAAGUUGCAAUAAAUAAGUGGGCGGAGACGUAGCCGUGUGAUGCUAAACAUCACUUUGGUUCUUUUUAGUUCACUUUUUAAGUUUAACCUCCAUUAUUAGGCAUAAAGCAGACUCUUCUGCCAGCAAUGCGUUAAAGUAAAGGAAAGUGAAACAAGACAACCGAACAUAAAUCAAAGUUUUUUUUAAAUAAUCGAUUUAAAGUUAAAGUUCCAAUGAUAGUCACACACACUAGGUGUGGUGAAAUUUGUCCUCUGCAUUUAACCCAUCCCCAUGUUCACCCCCUGGGAGGUGAGGGGAGCAGUGAGCAGCAGCGUGUGCCACGCUCGGGAAUCAUUUGGUAAUUUAACCCCAAAUUCCAACCCUUGAUGCUGAGUGCCAAGCAAGGAUGUAAUGGGUCCCAUUUUUUGUAGUCUUUGGGUUUGAACUCACAACCUACCGACCUCAGGGCGGACACUCUAACCACAAGGCCACUGAGCUGGUAUUAAUCGUUGCAGCCCUAUUCAAGUUUGAAUAAAAAGUAUAAAAGUGUGAAAAAACCUAGUAAUGAGCGGGGCCUCAUUGCAAAUUAAAAUUCUGCUUAGGGCCUCACUUUAAUAUUUUGCGUGCAAGAAUACAAAGUCGUGCAUUGCUAACUUGCUUUAGUUAACUUUUGGUCUUUAAACUCUGUUAUGUCUCCCAAGCACAAGGCAGACUCUUCUGACGGUAGUGCGUCAAAGAAAAGGAACAUUUAAAAAAAGAUAACGUAAAAUACUCAGAAAUCAAUCAAUCAUCAGAUUUGAUUGUUUUUAACACUUUUCAUGCACAGGCAAGUUGCUACACAAAGGGCUUUACGCCAAAAAAUCAAUAACAUAUGCGCGACGCAAAAAAAA